AUGCAUUCCAUCAAAACAACUUCGGAAGAAGUGGAGAGAAUAGACCAAGUGCGAGGCAGCGAAAGCAUCAGCAACCAGGUUGAGGAACCGAUUCCCGAACCUCAUCUCAAUUGGCGUGUGAUUCCUGUGACUGUGGCGUUCUGGCUUGCGUGGUGUGCCUGGCAAUGCACCUUCAAUCUCCUCUCUGGUAUCAUCACCUAUGUCAACGCUGAUAUUGGUCCUGAUUCCAACUACACCUGGGCGAUCAUUGUGAUUACCAUUGGCAUAGCCGUGAUUUGGCCUAUUGCUGGGUCUCUUUCCGACACCUUUGGCCGACGAUACUUCUUCCUGAUCGGCCUGACCUUUUCCGUGGUUGGGUCCAUCAUUGCAUGCACUGCUCAGAGUAUUCCUGUGCUGAUCUUUGCCAACACCGUCCUUGGUAUUGGGACGGCCAUGCAUCAAAUGAUCCUUGCGGGAAUCUCAGAAAUCUAUCCAAAUAAGUAUAGAGGUGUGGCGCUAGCAUCGGUCAAUUUCGUCUCCGCGCCAUUCGCCGGCCUCGGGCCAUAUGUCGCCCAUAUCAUCGUUGAACGACUGAGUUGGCGGUGGAUCUACUACGUGGCUAUCAUCAUCGAUGUCGUCGCUUUCGUCCUGCUAGCUGCUUUCUAUCAUCCGCCCAAACCGUAUCGGGAGCUCUCACCACAGCAGCUGCUGAAGAAGAUUGACUUUUUUGGUUUGAUACUUUUUGCGCUGGGCCUCACAGUCUUCCUAGUGGGCGUCUCUUGGGCCGGUAGCAAGUACUCCUGGAGUUCAGCUGCGGUUCUAACCCCGAUGAUCUGUGGCGGAGCUCUGCUCGGGGCAUGCGGGUUUUGGGAGGUCUAUGGAACCAAGAACCCUCUAUUUCCACCAUUCCUAUUCAAGGAUAUGAAAGGAUUCACCAACGUCAUUCUCAUCUGCUUCGUUGCGUCGAUGCCUCUGAUGUCGUCGCUGACUUUUUGGCCCAUCCAAAUUGCCAGUCUCUACACAACAGACACUGUUAAGAUCGGGCUGUACACGUUGCCCCUGACUUUCAGUACCGUAUUUGGAGGCGUGCUGACGGCUACGAUUCGAUGGUGGAAGCCUACAAACUAUUAUCUAGUCGGGUGCGCUUGCCUAUACACCGUCUUCACGGGGCUUCUGUCGACUCUCGGGCCAGAUGAUCUCAACAAGGCACUGGCGUAUGCCUUUUUAUACGGGACCGGUGUAGGCCUUUUGGAGAUUGCUAUCAUUGUCAUUAUCCAGUUCUCAGUCAGUUCGGACCAUCUUGGUGUCGUUACGGGCAUACUGAGCAGUAUGCGUGGCAUUGCCGGCGCAUUGGGAAUCUCUAUCUAUUCCUCCAUACUGUCGACAAGGCUAGCCCAAGACCUGCCACAGAGAUUGGCGGCGGCCACGCUACCUUUGGGGCUCCCUGAAAACUCAUUCCCUCGUCUUCUCCAGGACAUUUUUUCUUCAAAUUUUCAGGAUAUCCCAGAGAUCCCAGGAAUGACAGCGGCUAUCAUCCAGGCCGCGGAAAUGGCAAGCAAGCUUUCUUGGGCCCAAGCUUUCAAACCGAUCUACUGGCUUGGAGCUGCGCUAGGGGUUACAGCCGUUGUUCUAUCCUAUUACACGCACGACAUCAGACCCAAGAUGAACAACCAGCUGGAUCUUGAUCUGAAAGAACAUCAACCUUCCCACCUUCGCAACGUGCUUCACCACCAUCACCAUGACGAUACCCACUACAGCAAGGAAGGAGAAGUCGAGCAGCAAGAAGCUCAUGUCCACGGAGCAGUCUGA